UCUCUCCCGACAUUUCGUUCUCUACACCCUACCACCUAGGCACAAUCGCAUUCAAGAAGAUGAAAUUUAAUGGUACUGACCAAAGCCUGGCAUCGCCGUGUCUUUCCAGUACUUCAAAAUCAUCGGCAACUAAAGGCUCUCGAUCACACCAAGCAUCCACCAGCUUUAACCAUACGGUCAGAGGAUCUAAAUUUGAACCACGAGGCUUGCCAAUCAGAGAGAUGCAAAAUUAUCAUCACAAAACUCGCUACGAUACAAGAUUCAGUAUGGCGAGCUCCAUGAGCUGGAAGCAUCUCCCUCAGAUCGAGGUCAAGCUAGUACAAGUACCUGCCAAAUUCACAACGUGGGACAUCUACCGGCUUUUAGAUGGCUUUGGCAAUGUGAUCAAGAUUCAAAUUCUUGAUAAGGAAAGACAUGUGGAAAAGACAGCAUAUGUCACUUUUCGACCUACUCCCGACAUUGCCUUCUGGGAGCUAGAUGGAGCUUUAGGAAAUAUUGUCGCAACGCUUAACUUACAGAAUAGCAAUAUAGCGACGAUUCAAGACCCCUUCAACAAAGGCGUUCGGAUACCUGAUCUUUUGCAACAUGAUGCGCAAAGCAUCGAAAUUGGUUACAUGGUCUCCGAGAACCAGAUUAUGUCUAUGUUCACAUCGAUGGAGCAAAAUGUGUACUUUCUCAUGAACUUGAACAAGAAGACAAUUAGCGUGGACUUCUGUAUCUCUGCGCCAGGCAAAAGUGGACGUCAUGAUCUGGGCAACUUCCGCCUCCAGCUACGGCUGGAUAGAAUCUUGGCUGUAUACUUCGAACCCGUAGGCUCUCACGAAGUAAUGACCAUUACAGUUGACUUUCCCCCAAGGCUAUAUCGAAGAAGUACAGACAUCAACGUCACGCAUCAGAACGAUUCCCGGCUCUGGAGUGAAUGGGACGCUAUGAUUCGACAGACUGGUGUUAUACUUCCUGAGACUGUCACUCGUCUGCACCCUGCUGGUAUUCGUAACGAUGAGGCAAUCGUUGAUGUCGGGCGGUGGAGAGUUUAUCGACUAAAUUUUAAAUCGUUCGAAAAUGCACACUGUCCUUUGGCACGAAUCAAACAAGCCCUCUCAAGUUUCAACGUUCAAGUCAUUCAAAAACAUUUCGACAUUCUCCCAAGGCACACAUCCACAAUAUUGGAUCUGGUGGACCACAACGGCAGUAAAAAUGCUCAAGAUAACGUAGGGUACUUAUCGGAGCUUCAAGCUUCGAUGACAAGGCGUUAUUUCAAUCUAAGUUUUGAAACACGCUAUCAACUUGAAGUUUGCUUGUCCCACGGAUGGCUGCAUGAAACGAACUUCACGGAAGACUUCGUAGCUAAGCUUCAUGCACUAGACAGGAAUGAGCAACACAAGGCUGUCGGUGCUUUGGAGCGGGUCGCCGAAUUAAAGCGACGAUUUUACAAUCCUAUGGAAAUUUUCCAGCUCCCAGUGCAUUUCACUGCGAUUGCAGCGACGAGAAACCUUCCACGGCAUUGUACAGUUGCUAGAUCCGCGGUUGUCACGCCGUCAAUGAUUUAUUUCAGAACCCCGUCAGUCGAAGUAUCAAAUCGAAUUACCAGGGAAUGGUCAGUAUACUCUAAUCGCUUCCUUCGAGUCCGUUUCUCAGACGAGCUUGAUCAUGGGCAUAUCAUGUCACAUGACAAGCGUAUGAAUGACGAAAUAUAUGAUAGAAUAACCCAAAUCCUUCGUCAUGGGAUAGUCCUAGGAGAUCGCGUAUAUAGGUUUCUUGCUUUUGGAAACUCUCAAUUUCGGGAACGAGGUGCCUUCUUUUUUGCACCUACUGAUGAAGUCUCAUGCGAUGUUAUUCGUAGCCGGCUGGGCAAAAUGAGCGACAGAGACCAGUAUCAACCUGCAAAAGUUUGUGCACGCAUCGGGCAAAAUUUUUCUACUACUCGAGGGUUGGCAAUGAAAAUAACGAUUAGGACGCACAAGCUGGACCACAGAAAUGAACUUCUGCUUCCAGACAUAAAGCGCAAUGGAUACAUUUUCACGGAUGGAGUUGGGAAAAUCUCAAAAUUCCUAGCACAGAUGAUUGCAUGUGAAUUUGGACUUUCCACUGAUGAUGUACCUUCCGUAUUUCAGUUUCGUCUCGGAGGUUGCAAAGGAAUUCUUGCCGUGGAUCCAGCGCUCUCGGGGAACGAAGUACAUCUCAGGCCGAGCCAGUACAAAUUUGCCGCCGUCCAUGAUGGCCUUGAAAUUAUUCGCGCCUCUAGAUUUGUUUCUGCUUCUCUGAAUCGCCAGAUUAUAAUCGUUUUGUCUGCGCUUGGAGUAUCCGACAGUGUAUUCGUGCGAAAAAUGAAAUCUCAGCUUCAAGUUCUUGACGCCGCAAUGGUAGAUGAAAAUGUUGCUAUCAACGAACUCGAAAGAGUCGUCGACAUGAAUCAAACCACACUGAAACUUGCUGCUAUGGCGCGUGCAGGUUUCAUAGCAGCAAGAGAGCCAUUCAUGAUGUCUAUGCUUAGACUAUGGCGGAGUUGGUGUCUCAAAAUAUUAAAAGAAAAAGCAAGGAUUUUUAUCGAGAACGGAGCAUUUUUGUUUGGCACUGUAGACGAAACAGCAACAUUACGCGGACAUUUCAAUAGCGCACAGCGAGAUAUGGCGGAGCAUAAUAUUUGCGACCUUCCAGAAAUAUUCUGUUAUAUAGAUAGAAGGCGGAAAGGCAUCUAUGAGCCUGUUCGUGGAGUAUGCAUCGUUGCUAGAAAUCCGUCUUUGCAUCCAGGGGAUAUACGAGUGGUUCACGCUGUAGACGUGCCGCAGCUACAUCACAUCAAGAAUGCGAUAGUCUUCCCACAGAGCGGCGAUCGGGACAUUAGUAGCAUGUGCUCUGGUGGUGACUUAGAUGGGGACGAUUAUCUCCUUAUUUGGGAUCCAGAACUCAUUCCACGAGAGUGGAAUCAUCCGCCCAUGGACUUCACUCCGGCAAAGCCUCUUUCGUUGAGCCACAAGGUUACGGUGGAUGAUAUCACAGAUUUUUUUGUCGACUACGUCAAGUCUGAUAAUCUUGCUUUUAUCGCCACAAGACAUCUAGCACUUGCUGAUUAUCUGGAUGAAGGCGUGAAAAACGAAAAAUGCAAGCAUUUAGCACAGCUGCAUUCUCUUGCCGUCGACUAUCCGAAGUCUGGAGUUCCCGUUAGUAUUCCUUCCUAUCUCACACGUGGGAUCAAAUGGCCACAUUUUAUGGAGAAGCCCAGGACUGAUUACAAAUCGAGAAAAAUUCUCGGUCAGCUCUACGACCUUGUUGUGCGAGAAGACUUCACGCCUGAGUUCAGCAGUGUAUUCGACAAAAGAGUAAUCGAGGCGUUUGACGUUGAUGAGAAACUCAUCAAAAGGGCAGAGUUAAUCAAGUGCAGAUACGAUAGUCAACUGAGAAAGAUCAUGGCGCAGCACGAUAUUGCAACUGAAUUUGAAGUUUGGAGUGCUUUCGUAAUGGAGCACAAUAAUGGAAAAAAAGAUUACACAUUUGCGGAAGAGUUGGGAAUCCUGAUGGAGGCAAUCCGCAUUGGGUUCAGAGAGGAAUGCGAGAAAGAGGCCGGAGGUAAAAAUCCAGCCUGUCUCUACCCCUUCGUUGCCGCAAUGUACAUUGCCACCGCUCGUCAGGCUCAACAAUACACCCUCAAAUCAAGCAGUGAGGGCAUUGGAGAUGAUAGUAAGAACGCGGUAAAGCCACUACACUCCAAGGAUAUACCUUUCAUUUCAUUCCCAUGGCUGUUCCUCCCCGAGCUCAGCAAAAUUGCCCAAGGCCAGAUAGAGACAGAAGAUCGAUCCGGUCGUCUUCAAUGUGAAAGUAAAAAUUGCCAUCGUGAGCAUGUUGUUUCAGAAGAUGAGGAAAGAGCCAUCGUCAAACUUGGCAGUGGCUCUAUUCUCUUAUCUGAAUUCCAAGCGUGUUCUUUAGAUGACAAGGAGACAUCUACAGCAAGCCGUAACGAUACUUCGGAAGAGACCAAUCGUCACAUCGAAACGAUUAAUAAAAAUAUUUUUGGACGCAUACCGGAUGAGCAUCAGAGGCGUCGAAAUGCCAGAAUUGAAAGCUUGAAGACCCACGUGACAUCGAGUACAACAGUCAUGACGACUAAAAAGAAUUCUGAAAAUGCAACGGUGCCCGACCUAGAGACAGACUUCACAGUUACUGAUAACGUGAUUCUUCCUCACGAACCAUAUCAAGACUUGUUGAUCUCGCCAAGACAGAAUAGUCCGUUGAAUUCAGUAAGGAGCGAGGCAGAUCCUAUGAUUUCACCCGACGUUGGACUUCAGAUUAAAGAUGGAAGCAUGACGAACAGUGUGCAAGUCCAUCUGGAUCUCAACGAUAGUGAUUCCGAGGACGAACAAUCAUGA